UGUGGUGAGCUCCUCCGGCGUCUCUCCUCUGUCCCCUCACCCCACCACCACCACCUCUCCACCUCCACCUCCACCACCCCGCUGCGAAAUGGCGAAAGAAAACGGCGAGUCCAGCGAUGGAUCUUGGAAAAAGCACGUCGAUGAUAUCAAGAAGAUAUUUGACUUCAAGGAAGUCCUUGGGACCGGCGCGUUUUCCGAGGUGGUGAUGGCUCGGGAGCAGGUCACAGGAAAGAUGGUCGCAAUCAAGUGCAUCCCGAAAAAAGCGCUGAAGGGGAAGGAGACGAGCAUCGAGAAUGAAAUCGCUGUGCUUAGGAAGAUAAAGCAUGAAAAUAUUGUGGCUCUGGAGGACAUUUACGAGAGCUCGAACCACCUGUACCUCAUAAUGCAGCUUGUGUCUGGAGGUGAGCUGUUUGACCGCAUCGUAGAGAAGGGCUUCUACACAGAGAUGGACGCCAGUCGGCUCAUUCGACAAGUUUUGGAUGCAGUCAACUACCUUCACUCCUUGGGAAUAGUCCACAGAGACCUAAAGCCUGAGAACCUGCUUUACUUCAGUCCUCACGAUGAAUCAAAGAUCAUGAUCAGUGACUUUGGCCUGUCCAAAAUGGAGGGAACAGGUGACGUGAUGGCCACGGCCUGUGGGACUCCAGGAUAUGUGGCUCCUGAGGUUUUAGCACAGAAGCCCUAUAGUAAAGCUGUGGACUGCUGGUCUAUCGGGGUCAUUGCUUAUAUUUUGCUUUGCGGUUACCCUCCUUUCUAUGAUGAGAAUGACUCGAAGCUCUUUGAGCAGAUUCUCAAGGCAGACUAUGAGUUUGACGCACCGUAUUGGGAUGACAUAUCAGACUCUGCCAAAGACUUCAUCAGCUGCCUAAUGGAGAAGGACCCAGAGAAGAGGUUCACAUGUGACCAGGCUCUUGAGCACCCCUGGAUCGCUGGAGGCACCGCGCUCUGCAAGAACAUACAUGAAUCCGUCAGUCGGCAGAUGCGGAAAAACUUUGCCAAAAGCAAAUGGAGGCAAGCCUUUAAUGCGACAGCUGUGAUCCGCCACAUGAGGCGCCUUCAGCUGGGCACCAGCUUUGGCAGCAGUCUCAACAGCUCCAACUCCGUGUCCAACCCACAGAGCCGAGUCAAAAGCCAGUCUGUGGACUGCGCCCCGCUCUCCCUGAAGGACUCUUCUUUGCCAUCUCCUGUUAAAGCGUGCAAUCAAGACUCUGAUGCCUCUUCUCCUGUACGGGAGGAACCGCCGGUGGUUGCAGAGCCUUCACGGCCACGACCCUCCACCGUCACUGUCAUCCACACGGGGACUAAAUGACGCCAGGUUCCGCGGGAGGUGAGCUGGGAGACCACGGAGCUUUGAGACGGGAUGAAACCAUCCCAGGCCUCGUGAAUUAACGUCGUUGCCCAGUUUGCCCAUCCCGCCGCCUCCCAUCUGUUUCUGCCAUUUAGGGAGGAAUUUGAGGAGCGGCUCAGCUCCAUUUACCAUGGCUCAGCACUUCCCACUGUCUUACAGACAUGGAAGUACAGUACAGAGAGGGAGAGGCUCAGAGUGUCUCCACACCAGAAGAUAUUAUUGUGGAAGCCGUGUUCAGCCUGGAUCGUGGUUGUCUGGCAGACAAACGCAGCUGUGUCUGGAAAGUGCCACACUAAAGGGAACUCUUUAUUGAAGCUGCUGUAAUUGUGACUGUGAGCAUCUUGAGAUGGGGUGCUCCACUGUAUGCCUUGUGUAAAUAUCCUGCCUGGAACUGUUGAGUGGAAUGAUUGUUAUGCAAGUGAAAUAUAAGCUUCAAACUAUGGUAAAUAAUUGUGACAUCAUCUGCACUCUGAACUUCUCGUCGUUUUGACAGCUCUUGUUAAUUUGCUGUGGUAUUUGCUACAAUGGUUCACAGGGUCGUAAUUCCCAACUUUAUGACCGUAUGUGUUUUCUCUUUGCUUUAAAGUGUGUGGACUUGAAAUAUGAGCUGGACCAUGUAGGCUACUUCAGUCAUGGCUGCGAUCGCUGAGAGGGCAGGUGCAUUGCACUAAUGUAUUGGAUUAUUUAUUUUCUUACAAUAUAUUAUGACUUUUGUAAGAAUACACUUGCAGAAAUGUGUAAAUGUGUAUUAGAUUGGACUGAAAAGCUAUUGCAUUGAAUGAUAAAAAUACGAUAUCUAAUAGUUAUUAAUUUGUAAUCACUGUUUUAUUUGAUAAACUAAUUUUGAUGUGACUGUGAAGUUCUCCUUGACCACAGGAGGGCAACCAUGUGUUGUUGCUUUGUGACCAGUUCUCAGGGAUGUGCUCCAAUAUGAAGCUAACCAAACCCCUCUCACAGAGAUCAGACACUGGUGUUUAGAGCAGUAGAAAAAUAAAUCCUCCAUAAACUGCAUAUUAUUCUAAUGUGCCAUUGGGAGAGUUAGAGUUAGUUUUCUUUCUUUAAAUUCAUAAUAAAUUACUUGUUUCCCUUUUUAAAAAACUUGAAUUAAAUAUUUGGAUAUAAAGAAAGAAUUUCAGUGCAUUCAUGUCUGCAGUAAAAAUUAAAAAUGUGAGACAAAACGAAUGCAAAUGUAUCUUGCUAAUGAUUGCUCCCUUUGCAGAGUCGUCAAAUCAGUAGUGUACAGUUCAGUAGUUGAAAUAUCUUGCUCUGCUUCUGCUCAUGACGUGGCUGGUCUCAAACAGCUCAUUCACUCUGUGUUUAAUCACUGUGCUUUCAUACCAGCCUGUUGAAUUUAGCAGAAAGGCUCUUUCUCCUUCUCUCUCUCCUGCUCGCUGUCUAGAGACUUUUACUCAGAGUGGAGAAGGGAUCUGUCUUUGUGUUUUCUCUGUGGUACUUCUAUUUGAUUUUAAGUCACUCAACAUGAAUGCUUGGGGGCGGGGCGGGGGCGGGGGGAACACUCCAAAAAGAACAUGCCCAAUGUCAAGGCUUUGACAUCUUGAAUUAUCUAAGAAAUGUCGUGGUAAAUAAUGGUGAGGACUUUGAGCCUUCAUUUACUGUAAAUACAAAUCUCAACAACACAGUUUGCUUGAGUCUUGAGUGUUUAUUUUUAUCUUCCUGGUAUUUUCUCCUCCUUACCCCCUCCGAAAAAAAAACUUCAAAAGAAAGCAAAAAUACGAAACAGUGAAAUUCCCUCCGUAUGCAUGUAUUACAUAUUGCUGCAGAAAUGUGCUUUGGAG